AAUGCAUGUAUAAUAUAAACGAUAAUGUUUUUGUUUUUAUAAAAAGUAAUUUUAAGAAAAUAAUUAUAAUGUCUGACGCUUGGGAAGAAAUUCAAGCUAUAAAAAGCAAACGCAAUAGUCUUCGUGAAAGACUUGAAAAACGUAAAAAAGAACGGCAAGAUAUACUAGGAUCAUCGAUUAUUGAGCAACCUGUUAUCCCAGCCGUAAAAACUUUAGGGAGCGAUUCCGCAAAUAAUAGUGGCGGUUCAAGUCCAAUUACAAAAGUAGUUGAUAUUGUGCAAACUGAAGACAGUGAUAGUGUAAAACCAGACCCAGAAGUUGAAAAAACAUUACUGAAAGCUUUAUGUGAAGUAUCGUUAACAUUACCCACUACAUCUAGAGAAAUUUCAACUUCAUUAGGCAAACGUUUGGGUAAAUAUGUUUCACAUCAAGCAAUUUGCAAUUUAUUACAAAAGUUCGCUACACAAUUACUCAUAAGCGUGAAAGAAGGCUGUAAAGAUGGUAAAACUCUCAUUGAAGUUGUAUCCGCUGAGCAUUCAAAAUUACUGGCAAUGGUUAAUGAUUUAUGUGGAGAAGAUAACACAAGAGAAUUAUCUGUCCAACCUGAUAAUGUCGGUGUAAUUGAAAGUAUCACAAAAAGAAAAGCAGAGGAUUCUGUUGAAAGUGAAACACCGAAUAAAGUUGUAAAAGUCGAUGAAGAAAAAAAGAAAGACAAAAAAGAUCCAAAAGCUGCUGAUAUUUUAUCAUUGUUGUCAAUGCCUUCGACAAAAGAAAAAGAAAAUAAAAAAGUUGGAGAAGAGAUACUAGAUUUAUUAAGUAAACCCACAGCUAAAGAAAAAUCAUUAGCAGAACGAUUUCGUUCACAAGGUGGUGCACAAGUUAUGGAGUUUUGUCCGCAUGGAACAAAAGCUGAAUGUAUGCGAACUAGUGGAAAACAAGUUUGCAAAAAACUGCAUUUUAAAAAAAUUAUUCAAAAACAUACAGAUGAACUUUUAGGAGAUUGUUCCUUUUUAAAUACAUGCUUUCAUAUGGAUACUUGCAAAUAUGUGCAUUAUGAAGUUGAUGGCCAAAUACAACCGAAAGAAGUAACAUCAAAAAGCGAAAAUAUUGAAAUAAAAACAGUUGGUCGUUUACAAGAAAGUACAAUAAUGUAUCCGCCACAAUGGGUACAAUGCGAUUUAAGAUAUUUAGAUAUGAAUGCCCUUGGAAAAUUUGCUGUUAUAAUGGCAGAUCCACCAUGGGAUAUUCAUAUGGAAUUACCAUACGGUACAAUGUCCGACGAUGAAAUGAGACAAUUAGGCAUUCCACAAUUACAAGAUGAGGGAUUAAUAUUUUUAUGGGUUACCGGAAGAGCUAUGGAAUUGGGCCGAGAAUGUUUAAAACUGUGGGGAUAUGAACGAGUAGAUGAAAUAAUUUGGGUGAAAACAAAUCAAUUACAACGAAUAAUUAGAACAGGUCGCACAGGACAUUGGUUGAAUCACGGCAAAGAGCAUUGUUUGGUUGGAAUGAAGGGUAAUCCAAAAAAUUUAAAUCGUGGUUUAGAUUGUGAUGUAAUUGUGGCUGAAGUGCGAGCCACAAGUCACAAACCGGAUGAAAUUUAUGGAAUGAUUGAACGAUUAUCACCGGGAACACGAAAAAUUGAAUUAUUUGGACGACCGCAUAAUGUACAACCAAAUUGGAUAACUCUUGGUAAUCAAGUUGAUGGUAUUCGAUUAGAGGAUCCUGAACUAAUUGCAUCGUUUCAGAAACGAUAUCCAGAUGGUAAUUGUAUGGGUCCACCACCAGAGACACAAUAAUUUUGUAAUUAUUUAUUUUAAUAAAUUUUAUGACAUCUA